AUGGUAUUUAUGUUCAUUGCGUUCAACUGGUUGAGUUAUUAUGCUGAUUCAGCGUCCAAUUUACCCCCCAAAACUGAUGUAGUCCCCUAUGGAUUGAUUUUACUCCACAAGCAUUCGGUUGCUCACCAAUCCCGACUUCCUUGUCAUGAUCGUUUCUUCGUCCCAAAUUUAAGCCUUGCUUCGGGUGGGAAAAGACUUCUUAAAUCCACAAGUUUCACAGUUAGCCGCAUCCGGUUUCGUGAAUUCAGGUGCGACCGCGUCACGAUGUUGUGUACACCCCCUUCCCACGAGCUAACGAAUAAUCUAAUGGGCGUGCCUUAUGCAGCUCCCUAUCCGACCGCAACCAAUCAGAGAAAUGAACCAAACUAG